UGUCAGCGCCCAUGUCGAAGUAUUCGCGUAUAAAUUUGCUUGUUACACAUAAAUUAUAAUACUUGUUAUACCACUCUUAAUAAUUAGAGUUAGUAAUAGUUUGGACGCAUUUGAAUGUAAAUACAGAGACUCUAAAGGCACAUAUAUGAUAUAAAAACACACUGCAGCAAUGUCAGGAAGAAGGUCGAGAAUCAGUGUGCGGCCAAACUUGGCGAGGCCUGGCGCUAGAACAGAAGCAAAGGUCGAGAAGACCGACAGCAGCACUGCAGCUAAUGCUCAGCAAUCCGCUGAUGGUAACGAGCCACAGGAAUCAAACAAUGCGAAGCCGGCUGUAGCGACGAGGCGCUCACGUAUAAGCGUGAAACCUAACAUCGCCAGCAAACCUGUGAUGCCUAAGGAGCAGCCCGUUGCCACGACGACGCCUGCGUCAAAUUCGCCUGCACAGAGUGCGGCAGUCUUGACAAGAGUGGCGAGAUGUGCUACUAGGGCUAGCUUCAACAAGGAAAGCAGUGAGGAAACCCUCCCGGCUACCUCAGAAAAUGUAAUCGCUGUUCAGGAAGCCGAGGAAACAACGUCGCAAGAGGCGAGCACUUCGAACAGCGACACCAGCGUCGUGUCUAAAGGUUUGGUUACAAACUCCCAUGCACAGCCCCCCUCUAAGGCUGGAACUCGUAGCACUGUGGCUGAAACGGUAACCCCUGGGAAGGCAGCCAACAAGGAACUGUGUGCAAGCACAAACGAAAGCAGUGCACUGAGUUGCGAUAAUGUAGAUAAUCGGAGGCCUGCGCUCACCGCAAGAAGGGCUCGAGUUAGCGCUAGGCCGAAUCUUGUCCCAAAAGUCACGCAGCCUGUGGUGCAAAAGAAAAUCACAGGAAGGCAAGGUAGCAAUGCAAGACCAGCCGAGGCAGAGACUCCGCCACUUGCACCUUCGCAAAAUGCCGAUCAAGCGCGAAACACAGAGCGUGAACCUCAAGUCAGCAGUGCAGAAGUUGUCAUCCCUCCUUCUCGAGCGGCAGCAACUUUUGUAGUGCCGUCGUCGUUGCACAUACCCUCCGCUGGCAGCGUUGAACAGCACUCUGCGACCGCAGACGCUAGCCACGCGACGUGCGAAUCACAACAAAGCAAGUUAGCUGAUGAGCAUGGGAAGAUGGAUAGAAUGGCAGCUGUACGAUCGAGACACAAGUUCCGUCCAAAUUUGUUAGAAGCAGCUAGAGCGAGAAAACGUCAUCUGUCCGCGAGCUGCAGUGAGUCGGAAACGGAAGACGUGCUUGGCAGACAGCCACCUUCAACGCAACGCACCACGGGCCUCACACUGAGCAUUCCAUCACCGUCUCAAGUUGGGAGGGAUGAGCACGCCGUGGCAAACAGAGUAGCAACCCCAUCCACACCUCAGCCUUCAGCCACCCCUAGCAGCAGCGAACAAUCUACACACACUGCAAGAGAGCGCAGAACAAGCGUUCUGGAUAUAGAGAGUGAGAAAGAGAAGCUGGUAGUGAUGAAGAGAAGACAGCGUCAUCGGUGGACAGCAAAGAAACCGCCGGAUAAAAGUAACAUGACUAUGAUGGACCUGAUUUACUGGAACCCCAAGAACAACUGCAUGCCCAGCAGGGACAAGUCACCGUCUAGAAGCACAGCUGCCAGCACACAGGGGUCUGAGAUUUCCCAGCCAUCUAACGUGCCGAUAGAAGGUGAUACUGCCCAAGCUGAGGUAAAAGAUGAUGAAGAGGAAGAUGUGUUGGUGCCCCAGGUGAAGCUUGGGCCAGAUGGUAGCAUUAUACUUAACGAGGACAGCCUUGUCAUCGAUACUUCGCUAAAGAAGGAUGCACAAGAAAAGGAGGUAGUCUAUGAGGACGCACGAGAUACCUACACAACGUACGGAAGCUUCUCUAAGCGUACCUGCUCCAGGGCCUGGAGUGACAAAGAUACCGCCAAGUUCUUUAAGGCUUUGAGCACCGUUGGAACGGAUUUCUCCAUGAUGGGGUCCCUCUUUCCUAAUAGAAAGAGAAUUGAACUGAAGAAUAAAUUCAAACGUGAAGAACGUGUGAACAAAACCAAGGUGGAUAAAGCAAUCCGAGAUAAGCAGAGCUUUGACUUGUCUGUGUUUGAUAAAUCUGACACCGAAGAUGAAGAGGUGGCAACUAAGAAGCCAAUAAAAAAAGAAAAGAAGCAGCAGAGAGCACGUAAAAAGACUGAGAACAACGAGGGAGGUGCCACGAAGCCAGCGAAAAAGUCCAAGCGGAAAAAUAGACGUAAGACAAACUUUGUAACCACCUAG